UGUUAAUAGUGGCCAUUCAGUGCUUGGGAGCAGUUUUCGGGCAGGCAGACGCCGUGAUGGACAUAUUCAGCGAUUGUCGGAAGUCUUCUCCGGACUUUGAUGAAUGCAUUCAGCGAGCCUUCAAUGAUCUCCGGCCACUGUUUAGUGUUGGAAUUCCUGAAUACAAUGUGGCGCCUUUUGAUCCCCACCGAUCGCCGUACGUUGAGCAGAGAAGAGGCGACGCUAGAGGCCUUGGUGGCUUCCGUCUCAUCCUGACCAAUGUCUCGGAACACGGCUGGACAAACUCAGAAGUGACCAAAUACAGAACUGACGCGAAGAACAACAGGAUCGUCUACUCACAGUUUUUCCCAGAGAAAAGCCUCGAUGGCGAGUAUAUGUUUAAGGCUCAGGCUUUAGGGAAUCCAGCCAAUACAAAGGGAGUGUGGAAUCUAACCCUGUACAACUAUAGUCAAACCACCAGCGUCACGAGGAUCGGCGGUCCCGGAGGACUCCUCAAAGUCAGAGUGGAAAUUGAUAAGAUCGGCGACAUGUCCAUGCACAUCUCCAACUUCUUCGGCGGAAGGAGGGUUUUAGAAAAUAUCGCUGAUGUUGUGAUCAACUCGAUGUGGCAAACGGGAUUUCCAUUCAUCAAGCCGCUCAUAAACGAUUUGGUUAGCACUGCAUUUACUGACAUCUUCAACGAGUCUUUCAGACAUUUUCCACUGGACAGGUUCAUUAAAGAUUAACCAUCUUCUCAGCGAUGUGAUUGUUUUUGUGAAUAAACUAGGAG